ACUUAAACAACUUCUGUUAAUAAGUGAUAAAAUGUAGUUUAACUUAAAAUUCAAGACUCAUAUAAUAAGAGUACUCAAUUUCAAGAACCAUUAAUUAUAAACGCACCCGACUUUUAAUCCUCGUGUCAUUCUCCUCCAGAAGAAACGAACUAAAAAUAAACAUUUCAGAAAAGAUUUAGACUCUUCAUGGGGAGUAGCCAUAGAAAUGGUGACCUGGGUGAAGCAUUGUUCACUGCAGAAGAUGACGAGCUUAUAAUUUAUAACGACGAUCAAGACAGCAAGGACCUUACAAGAAGACUCUGGAUUGAGACCAAGAAACUAUGGCAAAUCGCUGGCCCGGCUAUUUUCGGAAGGAUUGCUUCCUACUCUAUGAACAUUGUCUCCCAGGCCUUCGCUGGCCACCUCGGAGAUGUUCAACUCGCUUCUAUUUCCAUGGCUAACACUGUCAUAGUCGGUUUUACUUUUGGUCUCUUGCUAGGAAUGGCGAGCGCAUUAGAAACGCUUUGUGGACAAGCAUUUGGAGCAAAAAGAUACGAUAUGCUUGGAAUUUACAUGCAAAGAUCAUGGAUUGUAUUAUUCAUGUGCUGUUUCUUGCUGCUGCCGUUAUAUCUAUUUGCUUCUCCCAUCUUGAAAUGGAUGGGACAGCCUGACGACGUAGCUGAACAGUCAGAGUUAGUCGCCAUCUGGCUGCUACCGUUACAUUUCAGCUUCGCAUUUUUGUUCCCAUUGCAAAGAUUCCUGCAGUGCCAGCUAGAAAACCAGGUGAUAGCUUGGGUUUCGUUGGGUGCGUUGAUGAUCAACGUGUUCACGAGCUGGCUUUUUGUUUAUAGUCUGGAUUUUGGUGUGGUUGGUGCUGCCAUUGCUUUGGAUAUGUCGUAUUGGGUUAUGGUAUUGGCGCUGUUUGUUUAUGUUUUGUUUAGAUGUCCUUUAACCUGGACUGGUUUCUCUAUAAAAGCCAUUUCAGGGUUAUGGGAAUUUGUUCAACUUUCUGCUGCUUCUGGUGUCAUGCUCUGCUUGGAGAAUUGGUAUUACAGAAUACUGAUGUUGAUGACUGGAUUUCUGCCAAAUGCAACACUUGCUACAGAUGCCUUGUCAGUCUGCAUGUCUAUAAAUGGAUGGGAGAUGAUGAUUCCCCUGUCUUUCUUUGCAGCUACAGGGGUGAGGGUGGCCAAUGAAUUAGGAGCUGGAAAUGGGAAUGCAGCAAAAUUUGCAACAAUAAACUCAGUGGUGCAAUCAACUAUAAUUGGGCUACUCAUUUGCAUAAGUAUCGUCUUAUUACGCGACAAAGUUGCACUACUAUUCACAUCUAGUCCCGAUGUUCUUCAACAGGUAGAUAACCUCUAUGUCCUUCUAGCAGUUACGAUUCUCCUCAACAGUAUUCAACCAGUUUUAUCAGGAGUGGCAGUAGGAUCAGGAUGGCAAGCAUAUGUUGCAUAUAUCAAUCUUGGGUGCUACUAUUUUAUUGGCCUGCCGCUUGGAUAUCUGAUGGAGUCCGUCUUUAAGCUUGGUGUCAAAGGCAUCUGGGGUGGAAUGAUAUUUGGUGGAACUUUUGUUCAGACUGUUAUUCUAGGCAUCAUAACUUUAAAUUCAGAUUGGGAAAAGGAGGCUGAAAAGGCUCGUGCUAGCGUCACUACAACAUAAGUCACUUUCAGCAACACCGGACAAGUGUUGCUGUAUGUACAAAAACUGUUGUCUUAGGUCUACUGCAACGCUUUUCAAUCGGCUAC